GAUCAGUCCGGACCUAGCGGAGCAGUUACCAUAGCAACCGAUCAACGUUCGACUACAGGAUCUAUUUACUGUAGGAUUUCCUGGGUCUCUCCAACUACUGUGUAAGGCACCUGUGUUGUCAUCACACCAGGGAAGGCAGAAAGAUGCCAGUAUAUAUCCGGAAACAUCCCCUGGAGAUCCCUCCACCUACUGAAAAUGACUGGAUUAAGAAGGAUGAGGAAGAAAAUUUCUUCCUGCAGGAUCCCGAUCAAAUCUUUGAUUCGUUGCCUCAGCCCUUCCGGAUGAUCAAUAAACUGGUGACUUUAGUAUUCGAGCAGGCCUGGGAAAUUAUUGAGAAGAGGGAGGCACUCCGAGAGGCACAGAUACGGAAGGUCAAGCCCACGUUGUACCUGCCCACAGCUGAAUUCCAGGUGAUGGGAAGAGCCAACUGCCUUGCAGCCUCUGGACAGCAUGUCUUUGUUGGGCUCUCCACAGGGCUUGCGGUUUUCAACACGCCCAGCUGUAAACGGAUCUGUGCUUGGGAGUCAACCAAGCUAGAGAUUUGUGCCAUCCGUGUUUCCAACCUUGGCAAUGAGACCCACCUUCUCAUUACUGUGGAUGACAUGGGACUUGCCCGACUCUUUUAUUUUUACAGGGACAGCCUGCUGCUCAUCAAAGUCCUAAACGAAGUGGAAGAGAUCAGCAAGAGAAACACCUGCGUAGAGGCGGAGCUCUCCCAGGGGGGGCAUUAUGCAGGCAUCCUGCUGCAAGGCAACACAGAAGCUUGGCUGGAGAUCUACCGAUUGCCUAAGGAGUCCUGGCUGAAGGAGACAGACCAUUCCCAGGCAGCUGCAGCAGUGUCAUCUUUCAGGGAGAGGCGGUUCAGCCAGGCGUCUAUGAAAAGUCUGGAACUGCUGGGAGAGGGCUCUGCAGAAACGGAAUCACCCAUGUCUGCAAACAGAGUUGAAACUAAGCUGAGUCUCCCAGUAAUGCUGCUGAAGGUCAGGUCGCCCAAACCUCUGACAGGAAGCACUUUUAAAAGCCCUUUGGAGGCCCUGAUGAAGAUUGAUGAUGGCAGCGUGAUAGGCUUGGGGCAGAAUCACAUGAUCAAAGACUACCAAUGGGAACAGCAGGAUGCAAUCUUUCACAGCGUCUUCGAAAAGCAUCUGGAGAGAGAAAGUGAACCUGACAGCAAGGAGGAGAAACCCAGCCACGCAGUGUUCCAUUUUCUCCUGCCCAGCCGGAUACUGCAGAUUGGACCCGAAAUCAAAGCACAGCCAGAUGUGCCCACUGGCAUCAGUGUGCAUUGGAAUGGAAGCCACAAUCUCUGCCUGUAUUUACUCACCCGGCUAUCAAAGGAGAAAACGGAUGCUGAGAUCAAACCUGACACUGUCUGGCCAUGUGCCGCUCCAAUCACCAGCUCAGCUGUCACCUCCUGCUCCUCUUACAUGGCUCUGGCAUGUGAAGAUGGGAUGAUAAUGGUGUGGGACAGAUGUCUAGGAUUCCCACUAGCUGUGACUGCCCUUCCAGAGGGAUGUCUCAGCCGCACCAUCCACUUCCUGCAGACAUCUGCAGCCCCAAGGGACCAGCUGCCUAGGCCCAAAGUGCAGCUUCUGGUGCUGUGUACGGAUGGGUCCCUCCACCUGGUUACAGUGUCAGGGCCCAGAGAGUCCAGGACCGUGCUCCUGGCAGACAGGGCUGAGGACCCAGAUCAGACCAUCAGCGCAGUAGCACCGAUUCCAGCCUUUCCUGGUGCAGUGCUGGUGUUCUCCUGGGAUGGCACAGUGUGCCUCACAGACACUGCCACGCCACAGACCGUUUGCCACUUCAUCACCCCACCCUCUCACACAGUAGCAGCCCCCUGGCAACCAGUGUUUACCGUGGAUGCCACUAACCAAUGCCUGCUCCUCCGAGGGGAUGAACAGCAGCAGCAGGCUGGUCUGCCGACACAGACCAAGGACAAUCAAAGCUCCAUCUUCCUUUUUUAUUUUGAUUCCUACCAGUCCAUGAAGGUUUUCCCAGCAGUACCGGAGCCUCCUCCUGACUCCUUGCAGCACCUGCCAUGGGACGAGAGAUGUGACAUUUUCCUCCGUGACAGGCUGCAGCACCUGCCAGGACUCAGCCAGCAGGUACCCAAGUGCUGGAGCCAGCUGCGGAAGCAUGCAGCCGCCCUGCAGAGGAAGAGCCAGAAGAAGUGAUGGGGGCAGGAGGAGCUAUAGUUCGGAUCAACCUCGCAGCCCUGGUUGGCACUAGGCCCACAAGCCUGGCCUAGCACUGGCAUUUUGACUGACUCUUCUCCACCUCAAGGCAGCUCAUCCCACUGAUUGAUUUCCCCCACCUCUAACCCAAGCCCACUGAUCAGCCCAGGCCAGCAGGGAGCUCCUCCUCCCCUCAUUCAUCAAGGAUACGUGCACGAUGUUGGGGCAUUGUGAUAGCAGUGUCUGCUCAUCACAGAGAGGGACCCAGAAGACCAAGCAGUUCAGCUAGAGAACGUGCAGUGCAGCUUUGAGUCCCCUAUGGACAUGGAAAGUCUGAGCCUAAGCAGAAGCUUCGUCAAUGCAGUUAGAUCCUGUUCCUCCCUUUCAGUAAAGGCCUUCACUCUGUUUGUCUGUCUGUGGUGCUUCAGAGCAUUGGCACUGAAGUGAGAUUGCUCUUCUACUCCAUCAGCUUUGGGGCUCCCCAUAGGCUCAUCCCCUUGCAAUUUAACCAGCCUGGUGCCUGGGGAUGGGAGAGAAUAGGACUGUGAAUGCAGAUGGACAAAGACACCAUUGUCCCACAUGGUAUUGGUGGCCUUUAGCAGCAACAGGGAAUCCAGAUGCUCCCCUGAAUCACAAGUUUUAUUGACCAAGGAUGGGCCAACACAAUGUUAGAGGCCUAUGCUGGCACUGGCCAUGCCUCUAGAUGCUUCUUCCAGCCAGCAUCACUUCUCUACCCAAACUCCAGGUGAGGAAAGUGUUGCUGUCCAUCAGGAUCUUCAGUCAGCCCAAUGAGAUCUACCCAUUUAUCUAGGUUCUUGGCACUGUGGUAUCUGGACCCCUGCCAUGGGGAAAGGAUGAGGAAGAACAGAAGAGGGGGAAAGGCCUGAGAGAGAUAGGAGGGAGGAGCAGAACAGUGCUGGGGGUUUGUUUGAGUUCUAGUCUUGCCUCCUUGCAACCACACUAACCCUGCCAUCUAAGCAGGGAACUAUACAGAGCAGUCAUUAUUCCCAGACUCUGUCACAUGUUAUGUCACGGGUGCCUACAGCCCACAGAGCUGCCUCUGUGACACUCCUGGGACUGACAGGGUGUAGGAGUAAGACUCUGGACUUGAGUCCCAUGCGAUAAUGGAGAAAUACUGACCACCUUUGGCCAGGAAAUUCAGACUCCGUUCCCAGCAGUCCAUGGAAGUCUAGUUAUUGGUAGGACAUAUGGGGUUGGGCAUUGCCCUCACAAACUACCUCUGCUGUUACAAUCCUGAGAAAGGUUUCAGAGUAGCAGCCAUGUUGUUCUUUUUGUGGAUACAGACUAAGAGUACUUGUGGCACCUUAGAGACUAACAAAUUUAUUUCAGCAUGAGCUUUCGUGAGCUACAGCUCACUUCUUCAGAUGCACAGAAUGGAACACACAGACAGGAGAUAUUUAUACAUGCAGAGAACAUGAAACAUGAAGAGCAGCAUCAAGCCCAGUGUUUGUUAGAUGACUCCAUUGAACAGCAGAGGGAGCUCAAAGAAUGUGUUUUGGUUUGAGCUGAUCUAUGGCCCAGGUCUGCAUUCCUUGUGUACUUGCAACUCCAGCUGACUUCAGUGGGCUUUGAAUCAAAUCAGUCCGUCCUUAGUUCUGGGGGUAAGUUUUCCAAAAGUCUGAGGCCUAGCCUGCAUAAGCUGGAGGCACAAUUCCAUCACUAGGGUACAUGGAACAAGCACAAACUGCAGCUGUGAAAGGGAGAUUGCCCCUUGGGAAAGUCAGCUCUUAAAGAUUUAACACUAGACGGUGCCACUACUGCCUCCUUGUGAUCAGCUGUUGUCACUAGAGCAGUGGGCUGCAGACUGCUGAGUGCUUUGAUUUUUUCAGUAAGCAAUCUUCCCCUUUGGAGGCAGGUGGCAGAUCUGGGGAGAAGAGACCAACAUCCUCCAGAGAUAUGCAAUAGAGCAGCAGUCAUAUUGCGUUGCAGUCAGGUUCAAAUCCCACAGGCUUUCCUCAGGCAUUUCUCUCUCUGACUUCAAACUGGGACGUUUUGCCCAAGUGAGGACCAAACCAUUUUGCCCUGAAUGUUUGUGGCCUUUAUGACCUAUGAGAGUAACAUGCAAUGGCUAGUGGGGCCCAUUUCAUCUAUGGGGAAUUUCCCCAGGAAGGUGGCAAUAGAGCAGCACACUAACCGUUGGCUUUUUAAAUGCAGCUUUGUCAUAAAUUACACCUGUGGCUAGUUCCCAGACUCUGCACAGAGAUUGUGACUCAACAGCAGACAAUCCUUCUGUUCCUAGUGCUACUCAGCUUGCAUAUGCUUCUCGUUACAGUGCAUCUUAAACGUAUGUGGCUGUUUACCAAAGACUUGAGCUCAGACCCUCAAGGGUAUUUAGGCACCCAGCUCCAAUUGAAAUCAGAAGUUUGUGCCUAAAAGCCUUUAAAAUAUGGCCUUUGGGUCUGAUCUUUUAAACACCACCAAAAUGUGAUUCUCACGGCCAUGGUAAUCCUGUUGGCUUCCAGGAGUAAGCAGCAAUCGGUGGGGCCUCAGAUUAUUAAACAGAAGCUAGGAGAGAAGCCCAGCCUCUACAGAGCUGACCAAGACCCCAGAAUGCUCUUGCAAAUGCAGGAAGUCAAUAUAAAACCUAGCCCUGUAGAACUCUUCCCUGUGAAUUUCCCCUGUUAGCGCUUGUAACUGGUUGCUCCCUCUAGUGGCUAAUUUAGCCCCUCCAGAUAUUAGUCUUCCAAACCUCAAAGGCUCAGCAUAGAAUUAUUGUGGCUCCCCAGUAACACCAGCCCAGGUUGAGAGAUGCCAAUUUUCACUGCAAGUCCCCCCACAGCCUCCCCCUGGUGUUCAAUCACUUGCCCAACAGGACUCUGUUUUGGCCUAAGUUUUCAUGGAUGGUUUCAGCAAUUUUUGGGGGGAAAAGUGUAAGGAAAACCCAUUCAGCUAGCAAAGCAUAGGGCAUGAGUAGGAAAGAAAAUGAUCCUUUACACACUUAGAGAGGUUCAGAUGUUUGUUUUGCCUUUCAAAACUCAUUUAGCUUUAACCAUUCAAAGCUGCCACCCUCACUGAGAGGUGUGUUACUAAGUGUUGGAAAUAAUAAUGUUAUUUGAAAUUAAUAUUGCU